AUGAAAUCUGACACCAACAAGCCGGAUACAUCCCAGUGGGAUCAGUUGGAGCAGAUGGUGAAAGAAACGCGCAAUUUUCUCACCGAGUACGACGACAUUGUGCUGCACAAAGAGCUCUAUCGCACGUUGUUUAUGUAUCACCUGACGAUUGUUCGGGAUGAGGUGAUAUUGCUGUUGAAAAAGUUUACCACCCUACCGAAAGACAUUGCGGAGGAGAAGGAGAUUGAGUGUUGCGGGGUGAUGUACAGCGAUAAAGAUGCGUUCAAGCAGCACUACGAGAAUGUACACAACAAGAAAGUUCUCCAGUCAGCUUCCUUAUGCGAGCUUAAAAUGUCUCUAACAAAAAUUUCGUUCUUCGAACGACAUCUCAAAGACUAUCUGUUGGGCGGACAGGAAUCAAGCUGUGAGCUCUUGCUGAACUUGCGAAGGAUAUUGAGACGAUUGGAUCAUACGUUGGACUUUUAG